GCCUUGUGCUGAUUCCUCCUACGACUCGUCAUCCCCUUCUCUUUCAACGAUUCUAAAAUAUUCACACACACACACACACACACACACACACACACACACACACACAAACAGAUCAGAUUCAAAACCGGUCUAAACACAGUGUGCUAGGGUUUUUCCCAUAACCGAACACAGACGAGACAAGCCACAGUUUUUCACCAUGAAAAAAAAUCCACAAAUGAUCUUAUAAUUCCCAAAACCUCACCUUUUUCUCUCUCUCUCUCUCUCUCACAGACACACAUACAAAACACUUCUUCAGAUCAGUUGGUCGCAUCAAAUAUGGGGGUGAAAAUGGAGAAGAAGGAGGAUGUACCAUCAUCAACCAAUUUCUUCUCCCUCAAAACAUUCAAGCUGAAAACGAAGCAACAGGAGCUGUUGAUCCGGGUCACGAUCCUCUUCUUGGUCUAUAUUUUGGCUUUUAUCACUAGGCUUUUCAGUGUGCUACGUUACGAGAGCAUGAUCCACGAGUUCGAUCCCUACUUCAAUUACCGUACCACUCUGUUCUUGACUCAGAAGGGUUUUUACGAGUUCUGGAACUGGUUUGAUUCCGAGUCUUGGUACCCAUUGGGUCGGAUCAUUGGUGGGACUCUCUACCCCGGUCUCAUGGUCACUGCUGCUCUGAUUUAUUGGGCUUUGCGAUUCCUCAGGUUUGCAGUCCACAUUCGUGAGGUCUGUGUAUUGACUGCCCCAUUCUUUGCGUCCAACACCACUCUAGUUGCAUACUUCUUUGGGAAAGAGCUUUGGGAUUCAGGCGCCGGGCUUGUCGCUGCAGUGUUGAUUGCCAUUUGUCCCGGUUACAUCUCGAGGUCUGUGGCAGGGUCGUAUGAUAAUGAGGGGGUUGCAAUUUUUGCUCUACUGCUUACAUUCUAUCUGUUUGUUAAGGCAGUGAAUACGGGUUCCCUCGCUUGGGCUUUGGCCUCAGCUUUUGGGUACUUCUACAUGGUUUCUGCAUGGGGUGGCUAUGUUUUUAUAAUUAAUUUGAUCCCGCUGUAUGUGAUGGUUCUGUUGAUUACUGGGAGAUAUUCAAUGAGGUUGUAUGUAGCAUAUAAUUGCAUGUAUGUGUUAGGGAUGUUGCUCGCAAUGCAGAUUCGAUUUGUGGGUUUUCAGCAUGUUCAGUCUGGAGAGCAUAUGGCUGCGAUGGGUGUGUUUUUCUUGAUGCAGGUAUUUUACUUCCUAGAUUGGGUCAAGCAUUUGCUAAACGAUCCAAAGCUGUUUCAAGCCUUUUUGAGAAUCACUGUGACAUGUGCAGUAAGUUUGGGUGCUGUUGCUUUUGGAUUGGGCACAGCAUCUGGGUAUAUCUCCCCAUGGACAGGUCGAUUUUACUCUCUCCUGGAUCCAACUUAUGCAAAAGAUCACAUUCCCAUAAUAGCAUCUGUCUCUGAGCAUCAGCCUACGGCGUGGUCAUCUUUCAUGUUUGAUUUCCAUAUACUGCUUUUCCUUUUCCCAGCCGGCCUGUAUUUCUGCUUCAAGCGGUUGUCUGAUGCCACAAUAUUUGUAGUGAUGUAUGGUCUCACAAGCAUGUAUUUCGCUGGUGUCAUGGUUCGUUUAAUUCUUGUUGCUACACCUGCAGUAUGCCUUAUUAGUGCUAUUGCAGUCUCAGCCAGUGUAAAGAAUUUAACUCAGUUGGUCAGGGCAAAGAGCAAGUUUACUCAUACUGGUUCUGGCAAAGGAACGACUUCUGCAAAGGCUUCUUCUAAGGCUUCAAUCGACCAGUCAUUACCUUUCCAGAGAAAUGGUGCUAUUGUGUUACUUGUUGGUGCUUUUUACUUGCUCAGUAGAUAUGCCACCCACUGUACAUGGGUUACAUCGGAGGCAUACUCGUCUCCCUCAAUUGUCUUGGCCGCAAGGGGUGCCCAUGGCAACAGGGUCAUAUUUGAUGAUUACCGUGAGGCAUACUUUUGGCUUCGGCAGAAUACUCCUUCAGAUGCUAAAGUUAUGUCAUGGUGGGACUAUGGUUACCAGAUUACUGCCAUGGGAAACAGAACUGUGAUUGUAGAUAACAACACCUGGAACAACACACAUAUUGCUACUGUGGGACGUGCUAUGUCAUCUUAUGAGGACGAAGCAUAUGAGAUAAUGAGGUCACUGGACGUGGAUUAUGUGUUAGUUGUUUUUGGAGGUGUCACUGGCUAUUCUUCUGAUGACAUUAACAAAUUUUUGUGGAUGGUGAGAAUUGGAGGUGGGGUUUUCCCUGUCAUCAAGGAACCAGAUUACCUUGUCAAUGGCGAGUACCGUGUUGACAAAGGUGCAGCACCUAAGAUGUUGAACUGUCUUAUGUACAAGCUAUCUUACUAUCGAUUUGGAGAGGUGACAACAGAAUAUGGCAAACCUCCAGGGUAUGAUAGAGCAAGGGGGGUUGAAAUAGGAAAUAAGGAUGUGAAGCUUGAAUACUUGGAAGAGGCAUUCACGACAUCUAAUUGGAUAGUUCGGAUAUACAAAGUCAAACCGCCAAAUAAUAGAUGGUGAUCAAAGACGCCUCUCUUACCUACUCUGUGCGACAGGAACGUAUCGCGAUAAGAUUAGCCCAGAGUACUUGAGCCUUGGCAAUAGUAAAACCGAUAGAACCAGAUUUUUGCUGCUGAGUUUGUGUUUGUAACGACAGUUGAGGCUCCAAUGUUCUGAAAUUUCGUAUUUUUGCAGAUUUUUAAGUGCCUUUUUACUCGGUUAAUUUAACGUUCUAAACCACUGCUAAAAUCUUAUGGUUAAGUUAAGUAGUUGCCUGGACGAUUGUCUUGGAGCACAAUGUAGCUGACUGGCUUUGUGCAAUUAAUAGUCUUGAUCUU